AGUGACUGUAAAGUGUUGAGAGAGGCAGUUCCGGUGUGUUACGUUUCAUUCCUAAACCCGGACAGGAUCAUCCUUGAUAUUUCUCUCCCUGGAGUUUUAGGCGAGAGGUGAACAUGUCUGGUCGCGGAAAGCAGGGCGGCAAAGUGCGGGCAAAAGCCAAGUCCCGGUCCUCCCGCGCAGGACUGCAGUUCCCAGUGGGCCGAGUGCACAGACUGCUGCGCAAAGGUAACUACGCGGAGCGAGUUGGCGCUGGGGCGCCUGUAUACCUGGCAGCGGUGUUGGAGUACCUGACCGCCGAGAUCCUGGAGUUGGCAGGCAACGCUGCGCGUGACAACAAGAAGACCAGAAUAAUCCCUCGCCACCUGCAGCUCGCCAUUCGCAACGACGAGGAGCUAAACAAGCUGCUGGGAAAAGUGACCAUCGCUCAGGGCGGCGUCCUGCCCAACAUCCAGGCGGUGCUGCUGCCCAAGAAGACGGAGAGUCAGAAGGCGAAGAGCAAGUGAUCCUGACGCCGCCAUAGGGGAGCUGGCUUUCUGAGCAAAGCCUCUUCAUAGACACCCCGCAGUGGUUUUGAAUAUGCUGGAUGUCAUUGAGGGUCAGCGCGAUCUAUUGGGGAGGUGGGCUGCGAGGGGCCCACCGGUGUGGGGGACCAAUAAAGUCGGUGAAAAUCGUG